AUGGACAAUCUCCCUGAAAAUGUACUUGCUUCAAUCGCAGAAUGCCUCAAUACAAAAAUCGAAACCCUUUGUUUCCGAGCUGUUUGUAGCUCAUUUCGUACCUCAGUCCGUCCGCCGCUCCCGCCGCUGUCGCAUGUCAAAAUUCCCUUCCCGCCAGGCCUGAAAGACGACGGCCACCUUGAGCUCACCGAAUCCACUGUUUACGCCUUCCAGCCCCUGGAAAAAUCCACCGAAACUUGGCUGGUCAAAGUAGAAGAGUCUCACUCUGGCAAAAUCCAAAUCAUGGAUCCCAUGUUUAAACUUCGCAUCAAAAACUCCUCCGAGAUGUUGCCCGAGUCCUUCAAUUUGCUGGAUUAUCGCGUCAAGGAAAUAGCUAAAUCCUGGCGGCUCGAGAUUGUGUCAAAUUCCAGUUCUUUUUACGCUGAAAAGGCCGUCGUCUGUUCGGAUGAUAACAACGCUGGCGAGUUCACACUGAUGGCAUUAAUCAGUGAAGGGCGAGUGGGCGUCUGGCGAAGCAAAUACCAAAAAUGGGUGAUCAUAGAUUUCGGUUAUGAAAAUUUUUACUGUAAAGAUUUUAUCUAUCAUAACAAUAAGUUCUACGCCAUGGGAUUCGACGGCUUUACUUUUGCAGUGGAUCCCAAGUCUCUGAACGUCACUCAAGCUGCGGCGGCUCCCGAAAAAUCCCAAUCGCAUCUUAUGAUGCACUUCCUGGUGAAAUCAAGCGACGAUCUGUUUUUGCUCAACACGUAUUGGCUAUACAAAUACUUUCAACAUGGUCCUCCGUUGGGAAGGAUUCGUUUGGAUGUUUUCAAGCUUGACGAAGAGAAAUGCAAGUGGAUGGCGGAAGAUGGCCUGAAAGAUCAAGUGUUGUUUUUAGGUGAAGACGGUUCGUUCAUGCUUUCAGCUAUGGAGUUUCCUGCGUAUAAAGGAAAUUGUGGAUUCUUGACGUAUAUGGAUUUGUCUGGAAUUGAUUUUGAUUAUUAUCCUCCGACGGAGGAUAUUGCUUAUUUUGACUUGGAGAAUACUUCGCCGGGAGCUCAGCCGGAGGCUCUGUCGAAAUGCUUGGAGGCUUUCUGGCCUCCACCCGCUUGGCUAAGGCAGAAGCAGAAUUCCAGCUAA